AUGCGCUCUGUUGACCUGGAGAGUGCCAUUGACACACAUCUGAUACCCACCCACUGUGCACACCACGAUGUCAUAGUACUUGGCCAUGGGCUGCAUGAUGUCUUUGUCACUCCCUGGAUGCCCGUAGAGACAAGCCUGCGCCGUGCGUUGACGGCUUUGGCUCAAGCCUGUCCGGCGCACAUCCAGAGAGGUGAGUUGUCACGUCAGAGUGCGUGUCUGUCGGUGGGUGUG